AUGACAUCUAAAAUUUUAAUUGCUAAUCCAGAAAAAGAGAAAACCAUCCAGCUUGAUCAAUUCUCUAAGCAGCAGUUCAAGGCCAAUGCCAUUAUGUACGACAGUAUAAGUUAUUCAGCAACUGUUACAGCUCUAAGUGACAAAAUUCAGUUUCCAUCUUUUCUCCGAACAAUUCCAAGUGACCUUUUCCAGUCCAUUGCCAUAGCUCAGCUUGUUCUAUAUUUUGGCUGGACAUGGGUUGGACUUCUAUCUGACAGCAGUGACUAUGGCCUGCAAGGCAGCCUUAAAGUAAAAGAAGAACUUGUCAAAGCUGGGGCUUGUAUUGCUUUUUCUGAAACAAUACCAGCAAUGUAUUCUGACAUAAAAAUUCAGCAAAUAAGUAAAAAAAUUCAGAAAUCCUCUGCUAAUGUGAUAGUGAUCUAUUCUGUUGAUGUUGACCUCUACCCUCUCAUGCUAGUGAAUGCACAGAGCAAUGUGACCGGAAAAGUCUGGGUUGGCAGUGAUGGCUGGACACAGUCUUAUAUGUUUUCCAAGGAUGAGUUUUUGAGAACAUUGCAAGGAGCACUUGGCAUUCUGGUUAGAAAAGGAAAUGUAUCAGGAUUCAAGGAAUACAUUUACAGUCUUAAUCCUUAUAGGAGUCCAGAUGACGUAUUUUUGAAAAUGUUUUGGGAACUCGUUUUUGACUGCAAGCUGCAGAUCCUGGAUAAAGCUGAUAAAAACUUGACUAAAGAAUCAAACAUCUGUGCAGGAAAUGAAACACUAGAUGGCAUGAAAUUGGAUUUUUUUAAACUAACUGAUUUAAGAAAUACAUACAAUGUCUACAAUGCCAUCUACUCAGUUGCUAAUGCUUUGCAUAAAAUGUUUUUGUGCAGAUGUGGAGAAGGCCCUUAUUAUAACGGUACAUGUGCAGAGACGUGGGAGUUCCAGCCAUGGCAGCUCUUCCACUAUAUAAAGAAUGUUCAUUUUAUGAAUAAAAAUGGUGAAGAAGUAUUCUUUGAUAUGUAUGGUAACCCACCAGCAUUAUACAGCAUUUUAAACUGGCAAGUGGCAUCCGAAAGCUCUUUCAGAUAUUUGGAUGUUGGUCGCUUUGACUCCCGUGCUGCUGAUGAUAAAAAACUGACAGUGAAUGCGUCUGUUAUCGUAUGGAAUGAAGGUCAUGGAAAGGUCCCUCAGUCAUUGUGCAGUAAAAGUUGUUCUCUAGGCUACAGGAAGACACCUCAGACAGGCCAGCCAAUCUGUUGCUUCAACUGUAUCAUGUGUUCCCAGGGAGAAAUUUCUAACCAAACUGAUUCUGUUGCUUGCUUGAAAUGCCCUAAAGAUGGUUGGCCUAAUGAAAGACAGGACAAGUGCAUAAAGAAAGUAGUUGAAUUUCUUUCAUAUGAAGAACCACUUGGUACAGCAUUAACAUCAGUUUCCAUAUUCCUGGCAUUGGUCACUGUUGCUGUCAUAAUAAUCUUUAUAAAAUGUCAUCAUACACCUAUUGUCAAGGCCAACAACAGGGAGCUUAGCUAUUUGCUUUUAUUUAGUCUCAUGUUUUGCUUCCUGUCUUCAUUAAUAUUUAUAGGCUGCCCUACACAUAAUACAUGCAUGCUUCGCCAAGUUGUAUUUGGCAUUAUUUUUACAUUGUCUAUCUCUUGUGUUUUAUCCAAAACUAUUGUAGUGGUCAUUGCCUUCAGUGCAAGCAAGCCAAACAGUAACAUACGGAAAUAUUCAGGACCUAGAUUGCCAAAAAUGUUAAAUAUAUUCUGUACAGCUGUUCAGAUAAUAAUAUGUGUUUUUUGGUUAACUCUCUCUCCUCCAUUUCAAAAUGAAAAUACAUCUUCUGUAACAGGGAGAAUAAUUAUAGAAUGCAAUGAGUGUUCACCUGUGGCAUUUUGGUGUAUGUUAUCCUAUAUGGGCCUUUUAGCUUUCAUAACCCUCAUUGUUGCAUUUCUGUCCCGGAAGCUCCCAGACAGCUUUAAUGAGGCUAAAUUUAUCACAUUCAGUAUGCUGGUAUUUGUUAGUGUGUGGAUAUCAUUUAUUCCAGCCUACCUCAGCACACAAGGGAAGUAUAUGGUAGCUGUGGAAAUUUUUGCAAUUGUAUCCUCAGGAGCUGGACUGCUGCUUUGUAUAUUUGCUCCUAAGUGCUACAUUAUUUUGCUUAGGCCAGAAAUCAACACAAGAGAUUAUCUAAUGGGGAAAGCAAGUUCUGAAACCAUGGCUUUAUUUAUUAAAAUUAAUUCAAACAACAAGAUUUGCAAGCUGAUUCCUCUGGCUACAGAAAAUGACUAA